AUGCUAGCUUCAUUUAUUCUGACAUCGGUAUUUCUUCAAUUGGUCUCUGCCAUUUCUGACAAUACUAACGUGGCUCUCUAUUGGGGUCAAAAUUCCGCAGGCUCGCAGACAAACCUUGCUUCAUACUGUGAGUCUGAGUCGGCUGAUAUUUACAUCUUGUCCUUUAUCGACAGUUUUGGUGUGGACACUCUCAAUGUGAAUUUUGCAAAUGCUUGUUCAGACACUUACUCAGAUGGUACCUUACAUUGCUCAACUAUUGCAAGCGACAUCAAGAAAUGUCAAUCUCUUGGUAAGACCGUCUUGCUAUCCAUGGGUGGUGCUUCGGGAGCCUAUGGAUUUUCAGAUGAUGCGGCAGCUAAAGACUUUGCCAAAACUCUGUGGAACACCUUUGGUGCAGGUAGCGACGAUUCGGUGGAAAGGCCUUUCGAUGAUGCAAUAGUUGAUGGAUUUGAUUUUGAUAUUGAGAACAAUAACCCAACUGGAUAUGCCGCUCUUGCAACCGAAUUGAGAAACUACUUCAAGGAAGACACUUCCAAAACCUACUAUCUAUCCGCUGCUCCACAAUGCCCUUACCCAGAUGCUUCUGUCGGUGAUCUGAUGUCAAAUGCAGAUUUAGAUUUUGCUUUUGUUCAAUUCUAUAAUAACUACUGUUCUACUUUGGGAACUAACUUCAACUGGGAUACAUGGGCUGACUAUGCGAAAAACGUCUCGCCUAACAAAGACAUCAAGCUUUUCUUGGGUUUACCUUCAGCUCCAGGUGCUGCAGGUUCCGGUUAUGCAACUGUUGAUGAAAUUAAGAGCACCUUUGAUAACUACAUCCUCAACAAAGAAGACUCCAAUUUUGGUGGGUUUGUUCUAUGGGAUGCUUCUUGGUCGCAAAGUAACCAAGUGAAUGGUGAAUCUUUUGGUAAUAAUUUACAAGAAAUCCUUGAUGAUGCUUAUAGUGGCCAAUCAAGCUCCUCUUCCUCUACACUGGCCACAUCUGCUUCUACCUUUGAAGCGUUGACAUCUUCAUCCGCUACUUUAGAAACCUCGACAACUUCCUCUGCUCCUACCACACAACCUGUUCCUCAGACAAGCACCUCGUCUACAUCAUCCUCAAUUACUAGCGAAGUUCCAACCACAGAAACCACAUCUGCAGAACAGCAAGAACCAAUGUCGUCUUUGGGAGAGCCAGGACCUGCCGUUACAUAUUCACCAACUACAUUGGUCACUUAUACAACUUCUCAAGAUUUAUCAUUACCAACUGCAACGAGCCAAAACAAGGGGCAAAGUGGCAGCAGUAGUAACACUUCUGCAAAAGAUUGCUCGGAUCUAUCCGGCUUGGCAAAGGCAAAAUGCUUGAAUGCAAACUUUCAAAAUGGUCUAUACUUGGGUCAAUCUUCAUGCACUGAAGGUGAUAUCGCCUGUGACGCCAAUGGUGGAUUUGCAAUGUGUAACUUCGGAGAGUGGGUUACUACACAAUGUGCUGCUGGCACUACAUGUUAUGCUUACAAUAACGAUGAUACAGUUACUGUUGGCUGCAAUUAUAUUGAUACCAAGAAUAACUUUGAAAAGAGAAGUGAAGGCGGAUUUUUCAGUCUUUUUAAAAGACAUGUUCACCAUCAACACUAA